CAUCGCCUCCCUCGACGAGCAAUGUUAGCGGAUAUAGGGUCAGGCUGGAAAAAAGCUAGCGGCGGUCAAACAAAAACUUGGCAUCAGUCAAUGAAAUCCACAACAGUUGGUCUAAGCCACGUAGGAAGGUGUAGACUUCCAGGCUGGGGUCCUCGGGACGGUAAAAAUCUAUGGUUGGAAACAAUUGGUGACAUGGCUCAAAAUCGUUCUCAGUGGCGCAGAUGCAUCCACUCCCUGUGACUUAUGAUCUUCAAUGAAACUGUUUUGUAUUUCUUUAUUACUCCUUUGUCUCACACCUCUGCUCACUGUUUCUAUUAUGCUUUUCUUGUACUUUCUUCUCUUGCUUCGCGUGCUACACGGAAUGUGGCGACUUGAACUUCCGCACAUUUGUGCAAAGUUCUAUGUCGAAAACAGACAGACAGACCAAUUGUCUGUAACCAUCAUUGGUUUUUACCAUCCAUCCCGAGGACCCCGACCAGUCAGUCAGGCAAUCUACACACCUCCCUGGGUGACUGGUCGGUUUAAACUGUUAUGGAUUUCACUGAGUGAUGAAGCCAUGUUUUGUUUUGACCACCACUAGAUCUUUAAUAGCCUGAUCUUAUUUCGACUGACAUCGCCCGUCUUGGAAGGCAAUCGAUGGCUAGGGAUGCAUGUGUAACUAAGUUUAUCUGUGUCGCUUUCAGUUGAUUAGUACUUAAGUUUCACAAAACUGACCUGUAUUGAAACAUCUAACACAACUA